AUGGAGCUAAUUCCAGGCCUUCCUUAUGAUAUAGCUCGUGAUUGUUUGAUCCGGGUGAAGUACAAGCAAUUGGCAACAGUUGUAUCCAUCUGCAAGUCUUGGAAAAGCGAGACCGAGUCACCGGAGUUUCGCCGGCUUAGAAGAGCCACUUGCACUGGUCAAAAGCUUGUUGUGAUGGCACAGGCGAGAGUUAACCCCAAUCAAGCUUCUAAUAUCAUGAAGAAUGGGGUCAGCCCGGUCUACCGGUUCACUCUUCUUGAACCGGAUACAGGUGACUGGUGUGAGUUACCCCCGAUUCCUGGGUUCUCAAAUGGGUUGCCACUGUUUUGCCAGGUGGCCAGUGUUGGGUCAGAUCUUGUGGUGCUGGGUGGGUUGGAUCCGGUGACCUGGGAGGUUUCCGUUUCCGUUUUCAUCUUCAAUUUUGUCUCGGCCACGUGGCGGCGCGGAGCUGACAUGCCAGGUGUGCGCAGAUCAUUUUUUGGAUUCGCAUCUGAUUUUGAUCGGAUGGUGUAUGUUGUGGGUGGACAUGAUGGCGACAAGAAUGCAUUGAGAUCCACGAUGGCAUAUGACACGGCAAAAGAUGAGUGGCUCUCGUUACCUGACAUGGCGAGAGAGCGUGACGAAUGCAAGGCGAUUUUCCGACAUGGCAAUCUCCAUGUCAUAGGAGGCUACAGCACCGAGAUGCAAGGCCGGUUUGAGAGAACUGCUGAGGUGUUCGAGAUUGCCUCUUGGCAAUGGAAAAAUGUGCUAGAUGACUUGUUGGAAGAUGCCAUGUGUCCGAAGACCUGCGUGUGUGGGAGUGACGGGGAGCUCUACAUGUGUCGUGGCGGUUAUGUGGUGGCACUUAAAGGAUCCACGUGGAAACCUGUUGCCGAUCUGCCGGCUGACGUGUCCAACAUCGCUAAUGUAACGGCGUGGCAGGAUAAACUGGUGGUGAUUGGUACGGCGGGAUUCCGUGAGCCCUAUAUGGCUUAUGUGCUCGACUUGAAGAAUUACAAGUGGAAAAAAAUGGAGACACCUCAACAAUACUCUGGUCAUGUUCAAUCGGGAUGUUACUUGGAGAUUUAA